UUUCGGGUUACACUGGCAGUGACCCAACUGUUUUUGCAGUGACCACAACAGAACUUAUCUCUUUAUGAAUCUUUAAAAGUACUGAUCUUUCUACCACAAAUUUCAUAUCCUCCUUGCACAGAUUAGCUAGUUGUUUCAUCUUCUUUGUCAAUCCAUUGGAUACAAUUGAUGAUGGUAAGGAGCAUGAGGGAUUUAUCUUUAUCAUCCCCUUGCUGGGUAGUACUAAAUUCAUUUCUUUUGCUACUAAUUCUGUUGAAUGUCACGCAUGCAUCGUCAGGUGGAUCCAGUGUGUCGCCGGAAAGCAUCCGGUUUGACACAGGAGGGUUAAGCAGGGAUAGUUUUCCAAAGGGUUUUGUAUUUGGAACUGCAACUUCAGCUUAUCAAGUUGAAGGAAUGGCAAAGAAAGAUGGCAGAGGACCGAGUAUCUGGGACAUAUUUGUUAGUAUUCCUGGUAACAUUGCAAACAAUGCUACAGCUGAUGUCGCUGUGGAUCAGUAUCACCGUUACAAAGAAGACGUAGAUAUCAUGAAACAUCUCAACUUCGACGCUUACCGUUUCUCCAUCUCAUGGUCUAGGAUCUUUCCAGAUGGUGCAGGGAAGGUGAACUGGAGAGGUGUUGCGUAUUACAAUAGGUUGAUCAACUACAUGCUCAAGCAAGGCAUCACUCCAUAUGCAAAUUUAUAUCACUACGAUCUUCCUUACGCACUUGAGAAGAAGUAUAAAGGGUUGUUAAGCCAAAAUGUUGUGAAAGAUUAUGCAGAUUUUGCUGAUUUUUGUUUCAAGACGUUUGGUGAUAGGGUGAAAAAUUGGAUGACAUUCAAUGAGCCAAGAGUGAUUGCUGCCUUGGGUUACGACAACGGAGUAAUUCCUCCAGGGAGGUGUUCUAAGCCAUUUGGAAACUGCACACAAGGGGAUUCUUCGACUGAACCAUACAUUGUUGCACAUCAUCUCAUAUUGUCUCAUGCUGCUGCAGUUCAGAGGUACCGCCAAAAGUAUCAGCAACAACAAAAAGGACGGAUAGGAAUUCUCUUGGAUUUUACAUGGUAUGAACCUCUUACAGAUUCAAAAGCCGAUCAAGAAGCUGCUCAGAGAGCAAGAGACUUUCAUCUUGGAUGGUUUCUUCACCCAAUUGUAUACGGAGAGUACCCAAAAUCAAUGCAGAGGAUUGUAGCAUCGAGACUUCCAAAGUUCACAAAGUCAGAAGUGAACAUGGUGAAAGGCUCAAUGGAUUUUGUAGGAGUUAAUCAGUACACUACUUACUACGUGUAUGAUCAGCAUAUAAGCAAGAACCAGGUUAGAGGCUAUCAGUUAGAAUGGCAAGCUGGAUUCGCUUAUGCUCGUAACGGAGUACCGAUCGGACCACGAGCACACUCCAACUGGCUUUACGAAGUACCCUGGGGUAUAUAUAAAGUUCUGACAUAUAUCAAGGAACAUUAUGGAAACCCGAACGUAAUUCUUUCAGAGAAUGGCAUGGACGAUCCUGGCAAUGUUACUCUUCCUCAAGCAUUACAUGACACCAGAAGAAUGAAUUUCUACAGGGCGUAUUUGAUUCAACUCAAGAAAGCAAUUGACCAUGGAGCCAAUGUAACUGGCUACUUUGCGUGGUCAUUGCUCGACAACUUCGAAUGGACGAAAGCUUACACAUCAAGGUUUGGUAUCGUGUAUGUUGACUACAACAACCUAAAAAGGUACCCUAAGUUGUCUGCUUAUUGGUUCAAAACACUACUUAGCAGGUCUUAAAACUUAAAAAUGCAUCCCAACUUGUUGAUGCUGGUUUCUUCAACACUUGCAAUGUGGUUUUUCUGAUCUUGCUUGUAAGCUGUAAACAGACUGUUCUACUCUUGCUUGUAGCUCGUAAGCAGGAAGUUGCCACAAUGAAAGUACAGAAUAAGAUUUUAUUUA